GCUAGUCUGUGGUAUUGAGGAAGGUGAGGCGGUUAACAGAGAGUCUGAGCGUAGGAACGUUACGCUACUAACAGCAAGUGUUGAAUGUCAUUCAUUACUACUAGUGGAGAUCAGAGGACUGUUCCCCGAUCGAUCUUGAACGGAAUAUUUGAUCUCGUCAUUCCCGGCAUAUAUGUGUGUCUGUAAUGUGACUUCCACCGAAACCGAAAGCAGGAUUAGUCUGUGAAUAUCAGCACCUGGACACACAUUUCAUUUACUUUUAAGAGUGAAUAUUCUGCUGUUUAUUGUAGAAGGGAAACAGGAGAGCAGUGACGGGCAGGGAAUCGAGCUUCCUCUCUGACUAGCACCUUGUUGUGAUGAUGACGGACUGGCUGUAAGGGGAAAGAACAGCACAAGUGUUGGAUGAUGAACUGGAAACACUUGAUUCAGAACCUCUGGCCUGUGCUUGCCCUUGCUGUGGCUGCAGAGAGGUUCAAAGUGAGCGGCCCUACUCACCCUGUCACAGCCACUGCUGGUUCCUAUGUGGUGCUGGACUGUAAGUGUUCCAUAUCCCUGCUGACAGAGGGUGUGGAGAUCAGGUGGUUCAAGACCAGGUUCGACUCCCCCGUUUACGUAUACAGAGGGGGACGACAUCAGAUAGAAGAGGAGGAUGAGGCCUACAGAUACAGAGCACACCUGUCUACGGAGCAGUUGAAGGAGGGAGAUGUUUCUCUCAGCCUGGCAGAUGUGCGGGUGACAGAUAAUGGAACCUACACGUGUUUUAUUGACUACGCCGGAUCACAGGAAGGCACAAAGAUACAAUUGCAGGUUAAAGCCCUUGGCAGCCAGCCAUUGGUUCACGUUGAGGAGGCCAAUGAUGGUUUGAGGCUGCUGAGUGAAUCCAGUGGUUGGUUCCCAAGACCAGAUGUUCUGUGGACUGAUGAUCAAGGACAAAACUUAACGUCAGUCAGUAUUACGACUGUCAGACAGGAUUCUAAAGGUUUCUUCAGCGUUGAAAGUCAAAUAGAAAUCACGCCAUCGACCAACACGAUCAGGUGUGUUAUUCGCACCGCAGAUAAUCAGCAAGAAGCAAAAUUGCAAAUUUCAGACCAGUUCUUUCCCAAAGUGCAAGUGGGUUUGGUGGUUUCCUCACUGCUCCUGGGACUUGCUAUAUUGGUGCUGAGUUUCCUUGUGAGGUACGGUGUAAAACAGCACCGAGCGAUCACAGCUCUUCAGAGAACACUGGCGAGAAAAAAGCUUCUGCGUGGUGCAGCUCCGGCCUCUGUGACUCUGGAUGCUGACACAGCGCAUCCGAGUCUCAUCCUGUCUCAGGACCGGACCAGCGUGAGAGACGGAGACACACCUCAGCAACUCACUAAUGACCCGAAGAGAUUUGAUACCUAUGUCUAUGUCCUGGGGUCUGAGGGCUUCACUUCAGGAAGACAUUACUGGGAGGUGCAGGUGGCCAACAAGACAAAGUGGGAUGUGGGAUUGGCCAGCGAGUCUGUCAACAGGAAAGGAAAGAUCAUACUGUCACCAGAAACUGGAUUCUGGGUUGUGAAGCUGAGAAACGGGGAUGAAUAUAAAGCUUGUACCUUACCUCGAAUCCGACUGCCCCUGACAGAGAGACCCGGGAAGCUGGGAGUUUACCUGAACUAUGAGGGGGGAGAGGUGACAUUUUACAACGCUGAUAACAUGUCUCAUCUCCACAUUUUCACUCAGACUUUCACUGAGAAACUUUAUCCUUUCUUCAAUCCCGGUGAUGAUGACGGUAGGAAAAACUCUGAGCCUCUGAGGAUCUGUCGGGUGACAGAAUAGUGAGGAGGAAACCCUCAGCCGUGACCUAUGUUUGGCUUUGAUGGCCACAAGGCUGGAAACUUUUAUAAGCUGUGUCAUGAUACAAUAAAGCUUGCGGUUUAUAUUACACCGUU